GUACGUCCCUCUUGCCGAGAUGUAGAAAUACCUGGUGCUGGGAUCGAUGUGCAAGAUCUUCAGGAAGACUCUCUGCUGUCUUGCCAUUUCCAGGGAUGAACAAAGUGAUCGGGGCUUUAAAAUGGUGAGUGAGGAACUACAGCUAUAUGACUAUUAAGUGACAAGGAAUGUAAGUUAAGCACUGAAAUUCAAGGGGUGGAAAAUGGAUGCUUUCAAAAAGCACUAUAGUCUCUCUCCCAGGACCUUCAGAAGAUCAUUGUCAGAACACGAUGCUGGCACUGCUGCCUUGAAGGACUAUCAUUGGUACCACCAAAUGAAAAGCAAGAAGAUGAAUAAACAAAUGAGUUUUGACCCAGAGAAACCUCUUGAAGCGUACAGGUGGCAGACACAUCCUCGGCUUCCCUGGAGGAUAAGCAAAAGAGAGGGCUCUUGCAGCCUGAAAGGGGCAUACAAUGAUCCAAGUCUUGCCAAAAGUUCUGCAAAUGUGCAUGCUGCUAGUGCUGAUGAUCUCCAUGAAGACCCCACAGAAACACUUUUCCAGGCAAGGACAAGACCGCUUCGUGUUCCCUUCAACCGCUCCCUGUCUGAACCUGUGCCACACGUUGGGAACAGGAAUGCAAAGCCAUUUCUUCAAGCUGUGCAUUCGGUGGACUCUGAACAGCAGGGCUAUUUCAUCCGUGGGAUUUUCUCCUCUCUCUCAAGUGGCUUUUCAAAGAUAAUGAAUCGAAAAGGAGAGCUUGGAAUUGAGUCAGUAAAUGAAAGGAAGUCAGAUGAUAAUCAAAUUGAGUUGAGUACAGAUGUGAAAGGACCACCUACACACAGACUGUCCUGCGGCCAGUCCCCUUACACUGAAACCACCACGUGGGAGAGGAAGUACUGCAUCCUGACAGACAGCCAGCUGGUGCUGCUCAACAGGGAGAAAGAGGUGUCUCCGGACGGGUUUCAGGAGCCGCCGGGGGAUGGGGCCAAGGGGCGCUGCCUGCGCCGGACGGUUAGCGUCCCCUCCGAGGGACAGUUCCCCGAGUACCCGCCAGAGGGCGCGGCCAGACUGGAGGUCCCAGCAGAGCGGUCCCCUCGCAGACGGAGCAUCUCAGGGACCAGCACUUCUGAGAAGACCAACCCCAUGGAUGUGUCAAAUACGUCUCCAUUCAAAGUGCCAGGAUUCUUCAGUAAACGUCUGAAAGGAUCCAUCAAGAGGACAAAGAGUCAGUCAAAACUGGACAGGAACACCAGCUUCCGUCUCCCAUCUCUCCGCAAUGCUGAUGACAGGUCACGUGGAUUGCCAAAACUGAAAGAGUCCCGUUCCCAUGAGUCUUUACUGAGCCCAGGCAGCGCCGUGGAGGCCCUGGAUCUCGGGUCAGAAGAAAAAGUCGUUAUCAAACCGCUUCACAGCAGUAUCCUUGGACAAGACUUCUGCUUUGAGGUAACCUACUCCAGUGGCAGUAAAUGCUUCAGUUGUUCCUCUGCAGCAGAGAGGGACAUGUGGAUGGAAAACCUACGUAGGACAGUGCAGCCAAAUAAGGACAAUUGCCGUCGAGCUGAAAAUGUGCUCCGUCUCUGGAUCAUUGAGGCGAAGGACCUGGUUCCCAAGAAGAAAUACUUCUGUGAGCUGUGCCUUGAUGACACUCUCUUUGCCCGCACCACCAGCAAAGUAAAAGCAGAUAACAUUUUCUGGGGAGAGCACUUUGAGUUCUACAGUCUCCCACCUCUUCACAGCAUUACAGUUCACAUCUACAAGGAUGUAGAGAAGAAAAAGAAAAAGGACAAAAAUAAUUACGUGGGCCUGGUCAACAUUCCCAUGGCCAGUGUAACCAGUCGCCAGUUUGUGGAAAAAUGGUACCCAGUCAGCACACCUACACCCAACAAAGGGAAAUCAGGGGGACCUUCCAUUCGGAUAAAGUCCCGUUAUCAGACCAUCACCAUCUUGCCCAUGGAGCAAUACAAAGAAUUUGCAGAGUUUAUUACCAGCAACUACACUACCCUGUGCUCUGUGCUGGAACCCGUGAUCAGCGUAAGGAAUAAGGAAGAGAUGGCUUGUGCUUUGGUGCACAUUCUUCAGAGCACUGGGAGAGCCAAGGACUUCCUGACGGACUUGGUGAUGUCUGAGGUAGAUCGUUGUGGGGAGCAUGAUGUCUUGAUCUUCAGGGAGAACACGCUUGCUACCAAAGCUAUUGAGGAAUACUUAAAGUUGGUAGGACAGAAGUAUCUUCAUGAUGCACUAGGGGAGUUUAUCAAGGCCUUGUAUGAGUCAGAUGAAAACUGUGAAGUGGAUCCCAGCAAAUGUUUACCCAAUGAAUUAACAGAUCAUCAGAGCAACCUGAAAAUGUGUUGUGAGCUGGCCUUCUGCAAGAUUAUCAAUUCUUACUGCGUAUUCCCUCGUGAGCUGAAGGAGGUCUUUGCAUCUUGGAAGCAGCAGUGCCUGAGCAGGGGCAAGCAGGACAUCAGCGAACGCCUGAUCAGUGCCUCCCUCUUCCUCCGCUUCCUGUGCCCUGCUAUCAUGUCCCCCAGCCUCUUCAAUCUCAUGCAGGAGUACCCUGACGACCGGACAUCUCGCACACUCACACUUAUUGCCAAAGUCAUUCAGAAUCUCGCCAAUUUUGCUAAGUUUGGUACUAAGGAAGAGUAUAUGGCUUUCAUGAAUGACUUUUUGGAACACGAAUGGGGAGGAAUGAAGCGUUUUCUGCUGGAAAUCUCUAAUCCAGAAUGCGUAUCAAACAUGCCUGGAUUUGAGGGUUACAUCGACCUGGGCAGAGAGCUCUCAGUUUUGCAUUCGCUCUUAUGGGAGGUUGUGUCUCAACUUGAUAAGGGUGAAAAUUCCUUCCUACAGGCGACCGUGGCAAAACUGGGACCUCUUCCUCGUAUCCUUGCUGAUAUCACCAAAUCAAUGACCAACCCUACGCCAAUACAGCAGCAGCUGAGGCGUUUCACUGAGCACAACUCUAGUCCAAACGUCAGUGGCAGUCUCUCCUCAGGGCUUCAGAAGAUAUUUGAGGACCCCACUGAUGGUGACUUGCAUAAACUGAAGUCUCCAACCCAGGAAAACAUAGAUGGAUACUUUAGGGGCAAGACCUUACUGUUGGUUCAGCAGGCAUCCACACAGAGCAUGACUUAUUCGGAUAAGGACGAAAAGGAAAGCAUCCUGCCCAAUGGACGUAGUAUCUCUCUCAUGGACCUCCAAGAUACUCACACGACUCACGGCGACCAUGCUUCUAUUAUGCACGACGUGCCUUUGUGCUUGGCCGGCAGCCAGGUCUCUGUCACACAGGUGGCAACCAUCAAACAGCUGUGGGAAACUCAGAGCACGCCUCAGAGUGCUCCCCAGGUGAGAAGGCCUCUGCACCCGGCUUUGAACCAACAAGGCACCCUCCAGCCUCUGUCAUUCCAGAACCCAGUUUACCAUCUCAACAACCCGACCCUGCCGCUGCCCAAGGCCUCUGUGGAUUCCAGCCUGGAGAACCUGAGCACUGCCAGCUCCCAGAGCCAAAGCAACAGCGAAGACUUGAAACUCAGCGGCCCCAGCAACAGCAGCAUGGAGGACUUCACCAAGCGCAGCACGCAGAGCGAGGACUUUUCCCGGCGCCACGCCGGAGCAGACAAGCACGUGCCCAUGGCGCUGCCCCGCCAGAACUGCAGCAGCCACGCACAGAUCCGCAAGGUGGACCAGGGCGGGCUGGGGGCCCGGGCCAAAGCGCCACCGUCGCUGCCGCACAGCGCGUCCCUGCGCAGCACCGGCAGCAUGUCCGCCAUGUCAGGGGCCGCGGUGGCCGAGCCCCUGCAGAACGGCAGCCGCUCCCGGCAGCAGUCCUCGUCCUCCAGAGAGAGCCCUGUCCCGAAGGUGAGGGCAAUCCAGAGGCAGCAGACGCAGCAGGUUCAGUCGCCUGUGGACUCUGCCACCAUGUCACCAGUGGAAAGGACAGCUGCGUGGGUUCUCAACAAUGGACAGUAUGAAGAAGUAGAGGAGGACACAGAGCAGAAUCCAGAUGAAGUCAAACAUGCUGAGAAGUAUGAACAAGAGAUAGCGAAGCUGAAGGAGCGCCUGAAGGUGUCAAGUCGCCGCCUGGAAGAGUACGAGCGUCGGCUCCUGGUGCAAGAGCAGCAGAUGCAGAAACUGCUGACAGAGUACAAAUCAAGGCUGGAAGAGAGUGAGGAAAAACUGCGCAGGCAGCAGGAGGAGAAGGACAGCCAGAUGAAAAGUAUCAUCAGCAGACUUAUGGCAGUUGAAGAGGAGCUGAAGAAGGAUCAUGCAGAGAUGCAAGCUGUCAUUGAUGCAAAGCAGAAAAUUAUUGAUGCACAGGUCAUAAAUGGGGAUGAGAUAAUUCAAACAGGAGAAGCGGAUCGUGUCGCUGGACUCGGCCAACAAGCGGCUGAUGGGUGCCCUGACGCAGGUGAAGGAGCGCUACAGCGUGCAAGCGCGCAAUGGCAUCUCCCCCACCAACCCCACCAAGCUUUCCAUCACGGAGAAUGGUGAAUUCAAAAACAGCAGCUUCUGACUGGGCACCUUCUUGCCAGCCGUCUCCCCAGAAGAAGGACAAUAGACAGUAGACUUAAGAAACCUUCAAAACACAGCCACCUUCCCCUUUUAGGUUUACAUAAUGCUGCUAAGAAAAUGCAAAAGGAAAAAUAAACAAACCCAACAAACAGACUCUGAAAGGUGGGCUUUGAUUCCCCACUGGAGGCCAGGAGAACCGGGCUCCCGAGAACAAGUCCUUCCAUAUCACUGUGUAAAUAGAGGGAGGGAGCUCUGGGGUCAUGUACAGAAAAUGCUGAUGUAAUAUACCCAAAGGAAGUGAAUACUGUAGAUUUUUUUAAUUAUUGCUAUUUUUAUUAUUAUUAUUAUUAUUAUUUUUUGCUCUUGUUGAAAGCACUGCAGCCCGUGGAGGAGGAAGGGGGGGAGUGUGAGUGCACGUGUGUUGUGGGUGAGAGAGAGAGAGAGAGGAGCAGUGGGUUAAACUAGACAGCAGCUGUAUGUAUCAGGCCGGCUGACACAAGUACACGAGUGGAGUGAAAUAGUAGUGAAAUGAAUUCUGUAAGAAAAACUCAUCUGCUGGUUUUAUUCCCCUCUUCUCUAGCUGUUCUUUUCCUGAAUGCAAACUUGAUAGCAAACAUUUUAGAAAGAAAAUUGGCUCCUGCUGGGUCCUGUACUUACUUUAGGUAGGGCUCUGGCAAAAAAAAUACCAUUGUCAGGCUUUUUGAACAAGGUCCAAAGAGCAGCAAGCUUGUCUCCUUGCAUUUGCACAAAGUCCAGCCUCCCAUCAGACAGACAGACAGGGAACCUGCAGUUUUUCAAGGUAGGAUCCUUUCUGGUUUUUACCCUGCUUCUAAAGCAGUUUUAUAUUUUCUGUUUUGAGAAUUUACAGACCUGUAAAUACUUUUAUUUCUUACAAUUUCUAUCCAACCCCCACUUUGUGCAGCGUGCAGUGGCACCUCAAGUUCCUUCUCCGCACCCCAUCAGGACCAGCCGGGCAAGGCCCUGAGGACAGGCUGAGCUGCAGGCUGCCCAUGCUCAGCAAAGUAGGCAUCCAUAUGCAAAGUUCCCUUUUUUCCUAGAGGAUUUCUAUAUUUUAACUGCUGUUCAAUGUCACUGCUUCAGCUACCAGCUUAGCCAGUCUAGUUCCAAUGAAAGAUGCUUUCUGCACGUUUGUGUUUAAAAGAUCUUCCAUUUCCACUGACAUUUUCCUUUCUCUGGAUACUCCAAAAGGUUUUGGGAGCUUUUUUUUUUUUUAAGUUCUCUACACACCAUUUUCCUCUGAAGGAGUUUUUAUUAAGCUUUCAGCUCCAGUUACUUUCAGUUCCAUUUCAUAGAAGCGUACUUACAGGCUGUACGUGAAUGCAUAUGUAAUUACAAAGUGACCUUCUCCUGGAAGAUAAUGACAUUCACCAACUGUAAAAGAUUAACAAUAAACGGCACAGUAUUGUCAAUUCUCAUCAUUUCCUCAAAUGCCACAAUAUUUAGUCUGAGAGGCUGUUUUCAAGCCUCAGAUUCUAGACUCAGUAGUCACUUUGUGAUUAUCUUUCUAGCCCCAAAACUCUCAAAGUAAAUAAAAUUAUGGCAACAGCAGUUGAAAUUUUGAAUUGGAGAAAUAAACCCAUAAGGGUGAGUGUGGUUAAACCAUUCAAACGUGUUCUAGACAACAGAAAUUGGAAGAGUGGGCUUCAAAACAAGACAGAACCUUGAGAGGGGGAUGUGUUUAGCAAACAGUUAGGAGCACAGCUCAGCACAAGUUACUGAGGUGGCUGUGGGGUACCUGGCUGCAGUCAGACAGCCGUUGGUACGGAGAAGGCCAGAGCUCAUUGUCCUUUCUGGCCUUAGCUUCUAAAUCUCUAAAACUGUACUACAUGGAAAAUGGAGGAGUUUCUAAGCCAAGUUCUUGACCUCCUGGAAAUGUUGCCUUGAAAAUGAAGGAUUGGCAAUACUGAGGGCCUAAAUCCAAUGUCUGUUGUCAAGUUUGUGUGUAUGUUCUUUGUUGAAGUGCAAAUGUGGCCCCUGCAGGUGCGGGGGUGGUACCUGUCCUGCUGACCAGUGUCACAGCACUCCACUGAAAGGCCAUCACACCAGUGUGGCACCUGACCAACUAUGCAUAAAUACAGAGACUACAUCUCCUGCACUGUAGGAUGGAGAGGAAAAAUGUGCUUGGAUCUCUCCUAGCAUGACUUUGGCUGUUAAUUUGCAUCUAGAGCAGACUUGUCUGCAGCAAGUUGGGAUUUAUAUUUCAUGCUUUCAGAUCAAAGCUGCUCUGUCUGCUCAAAUGUGACUUGAUCCUACAGCCCAAGGAGCAUCCCUGUCUUGUUGUUGGAAUAUCCGUAGCAAAGUCAGCCCUGUGUGACUCACCUGGGGUUGGGCUUUGCAUUUGCUCAGUAGUGAUUUCUUUUCCAUACUUUCCAAACCGUCUUCCAGCUCUGGGUUAUUGCUGACUCUGCUGUUUUCUUUCUCAAAUAGUGCCUUUAAGUUCCUCCUCCUUUCCUUCCUCCUUCAUGCAUUACAGCUGUAAGCAGACUAUCGAGUUUGUGUUAAUCUCUCUUGUGAGCAGCUCUCUUUUACAAGAAACCUUUGCACAGCCCUUUUGGUUGAGUUGUUUCUGUGUGAUCUGCAUCUCUCCUUUGCUAUGUACUGUAAUUACACAGCCACAUCCUGGGAAGUUUGUUCCCCAAAAGUAGCCUUUUCAGAUGGGCACGUGCAAAUAGCCUGGGUCUUCUGUGACUGAGCCGUGAGAGCAAGUGGCAUAGGAGUAGGCUGACUAGGAGGCAGGAGCAGAUGUGUCGUUCUGGUAGCCUUAGUCCAGCAUUAAACAUUUCAGCCCUGAUUUUUAAAGGGGAAGUAAUAGUCUGCCCUGAGACAGAUACUUUGGUGAGGUCUUAAGUAACUUGUCAUUCUAAUAAUGUACCUUCUUCUACCUAUUUCUUAAGCUUGUAGGGAAAAAAGUUGCUAUUCUAAAAGAGUGUGACCCAUCGGUAUCAUCCUCGCAGCUCAUCAUGAGGCUGAUUGCUUCUCUUACAUUGCAGUUUCUCCCCUAAAGUGCAAAGCCUACUCCUCUAACUCCCGCUGUGGAGGAGAAGCUGCCCGUUGACCCAAAAAGGGGCUGAAGGUUGCGGAAUCUCAAUGCUGCAAGACAAAAAUUGAUUAGCUGCAGAGCAAAACGUUGAGCUCUCAAGUUCUGCAGGCAACUGUCUCUCCUAGUUUGUUACCAGGCAGCUUUCUAGAAAAAUUUUCAGCUGCCUCAAGCUGACAAGAUGUGAAAAUGCCAGCUUCUAUUUUGUCCAGUCUGAUAAAAUUCAAGUGGCAGUAAACCACGUGGAAGCCAAAAGGUCUGUCUAUUUUGGAGCAAGAGCUCUAACUGGGCCUGGUCACAUUUGGUUUCAGACUAAUUGCCAGUUGGAUUCUGCAGUGAUGAGAGAAGUAAAUAGCACAGAGCCUGAUGAUGAGUGUUAUUGUCAUUAGUUUUUGGUUCCUGCUUUCAGGAGAUACAUCAGGCUGUGUCUAAUGCUGAUGCAAGCAACUACUGCGCUCGUUUGGAAACAGCUGAAGUGGUGCAGCCUGUAGGAGUAAUACUCAUGUAUUCCUAAGCCUGAAACAGAAAAGUUGCCCCAUCCUGGCCAUGUGACUCGGUAUUGUUCUGGGAUGAUUCUUCCCAAAUGGUUGGCAGGGGCUCCUGGGUGAUCAGCGGUGAGGAAGCGGCAGUGGGACAGGCCCUGAUGAGGAGGGAGCGUAGCCCAGGCCAGCACCCUGUGAAGGCCCAGUCUCUGCAGCUCUAGGAAUUCAGACCUUGUUUUUUCUAAAGGUGACACACAGAUUUCAGAUCCAGGAAUAUCCUUUUCCCCCUUGCUGUAAUAGAAAUGGGCAGCUAUGCAGAAAAGCACAGAUUCCUACAGCUAACACAUUUUGCAGCAUUAAUUCGUCUCCAGCGGCAUCACAGGCAGGGGAUCCAGAGCAGCAUGGAAAGGGAUGUGUCUGUUUUCUGCUUGGAGAAUUAGAGGUGUAUGCACUAAUAAAUUCCACGUUCAUCUAAUAAGUUAUCCAAGAACUGGGGUUUCUUUUAUGUCCCUGCAAUUACUUUGGGUUGGCUUAGGCUUUUUUUUUCCUCAUCAACACGAUCUCUUAAUUUCAUCUUUUAAUGCUUGCUUUAAACCCACCAGCUUCUAAGCUCACCUGAAAACUCAAUGAUUGAAGCCUGUCACUUUUACAGCAGCACCCGUGGAAUGUGUCAGCAACAUUUCCCUGCUGAGGCCACCGUGUGUGUGUGAAUUCUGUUUGUGUUCCACAAAAACAUCCGCAGCGUUCCUACAGAAUUAAUUCCUGCCCGGGUUGAGCCAUGAAAUGCAUUUCCCUCAGCCCUGGGCAUGGUCAGCCACAGGGAUCCAGCUGAGUCGUACAAAGCGAAAGGAUUACGUUUAGGCUGAUGCUUUUAGGUGUUUCCUCCUCCACGGUAAGUGAACUCCCGUGAGAGCGAACAUGUCGUUACGGAUCGCGCCUGCCAGGAACCUUACCUGUAAAAAUAGAUUUUUCUGUCUCAAGGGCCUUAAUAAGAGUGUUACUACACAGAACUGUUUUACAAUGAUAGCUCUAAAUAAUUUAUUUUUUAUUUCCACAAAGUACACCUUAAAAAGUAAUGAACUUGUUUUUCAAGCCGUAUUUUUAUGCUAGUAGCACUGGACUGUUUGGUCUCUGAGAUCCAUUUCUGCAUUUCAUUGCCUGGGUUUGUUCUAAAGAAGAUUUAUUUUUGUUCUGUGAAUAAUUUUUGAAGGUUCUUGUAAUAUGUACAGAUAUAGAUACAUUUGAGGUCUUUUAUUGAUAU